AACAGAGUUUGAGUUCGGUUGAGUUGAGUUGAUUGUCAGUUUUUCUGAUUGUGUUUUCCUUUCUUUUUUGUGUACAAUCUUCCUGAAUUGGUUUUGGGGUUUCAUUGGUCAACAUGCCUUCUGUGGCCCAUGAGCUGACGGCUGAGCAGGUCCAGGAGCUGAAGGAUGCCUUCGAUAGCUACGACCUGGACUCGAAUGGCACUCUCUCGGCGACUGAGAUGCGUUUGGCUCUGAUUUCCCUGGGUCACGAGAUCACAGAAGCAGAGCUCUACGAUCUCAUCCGCACGGUGACUGUGAGUGAUGGCCAGGAACUGGAUCUGCCGCAGUUUAUGCAGAUGAUGGCACCCCGAGUGGCCGAUCUGGACAGCGAUGAGGCUCUGGGCCGCACCUUCAAGCUCAUCGACCGGGAUCACGACGGCUUCAUCGGCGGUCAGGAUGUGCGUGCCAUCAUGCUCAUUCUGGGCGAAGUCGUGAGCGAUGAGGAUGUCAGGGAUAUCUGCCGCGCUGUCGAUAUGGACGGCGAUGGGCUCAUAAGUUUGCGCGAUUUCAUGAGCUUUAUGCACAGCCCCAUAUGAACUGGGUCCGCCAUAAAAAUUAGACAUUUUUUCAAACGCCAAAGAAAAUUAUUUGACAAGCAAAAAUUUAACACAGAGAACCAUUGUGAAGUUUAAAUAUACGUAGUAUCUGGGAAUCAAAUGUGGUUCAUUUUAUGAAAAAGGAACAACAGAUUGUAAAAA